GCUGCAUCAGAAGAAGCGAAGAGGCGCGUUCGAACGCGGCUGUCCCUGCCUGAGCAAAAGUCAUGGCUGCCAAGUCCGAGUCUUCGUCCACGGCGCCCAACCGCAAAGGCUCCGUCGCCGAGCACACGAUGCAGUCGGCCACUGUCGACGAACCUUCAUCGCGGUACCUUUGCGGCAAGGGCGAGAUCCACUUCUGGAAGAACUUCAUGUUCGAGCCAGAAGGUCGCCCUUACAUUCGGGUGACCCACGACAUCAGCAUUGAGGAGGUGCUGACCGUCCUCACCCGUGACUGGAAGUUCACCCUGCCUCGCAUCGUGCUCGUGGUCGUAUCGAGCCUGGCCACUUGGCAGGAGUGGAGCGCCCCCAGGCAGCUUGAGAACUUCAAGGAGGGCCUCAUCAAGGCGGCCAACACGACUGCCAUGUGGAUCCUGACGAACGGCAUCAAUACGGGCAUCGCCAAGGACAUCGGCUCGUGGGUCAACGAGGAGCUGGUGCAGCGGCUCAUCAUGCGCUGUCACCGGCACCCGCACACGGACUUCGAGAAGCGGCCGCCCCUAUGCCUGGUGGGCAUCGUGCGCGAGGACCUCCUGACGUGCGCCGACAAGUUCGAGAGCACGAAGGACGGAACCAUAUAUAUCGAAAACACGGGCAGCCGGCCCGAAGACAACAGGUUCGACCUGAAUCCGGACCACACGCACUUCAUAAUCGUGAAAGACGACACGGUGAACAAGAGUGGCCUAAACUACUUCAUGCUGAAGCUGGAGCAGCAUUUGUCGAUGACGCAAGACGACGACAGUGUGAUGCCUCAGAGCAUGGGUCCUCCCCCGUCGACGCUGUACUCCGCCGAGAUCCCUCUGAUAGCUCUCGUGUGCCAGGGAGGAACCGGUUGCAACAAGAUGGUCCUCGAACACCUCAAGAAGCAACUGCCUGUCCUGGUCAUACAGGGCAGCGGAGGUGUUGCCGAUCUACUGGCGCUCGCCUACAACGAGAUCGACAGGCGUGGUGCCACCCUUUGGGAUCCAGAGUUUAUCGAGAGCGUGUUGAAACCCGAAAUUAGCACGCAGAUUUGCCAAAUGUUCCCCAAGUUCAGAGACAACGCAUUGUCCAGGAACGUCUUCAAGGACAGAAUCAUCGAGUGCCUUCGACUAGCAUGCCAGACUCAAGAACAGAUGUAUUUCACCGUGAUCAAUAUACACCACCACCGCAACAACCUGAAGCACCUCGACGACAUCCUGCUCAAAGUAGUGUUCAAGUCCCAAGUACGGCACCAUCACGCGCACCAAAUGAAGAAAGACCUGCUGCUGACGUUGGACUGGAACUGCCCGCACGUCGCCAUGACAAAGGUCUUCUCAAAAGACUUCGCUCAGCAGUAUCAGAUCGACCGAGAAGAGUUCGAGUACGCUCUGCUGCGACCAAAGCGAGAGGAAUUCCUGCACAUCUUUCUGAACCGAGGCUUCCAAGUCCACAAGUACUUGUCGCCCAAAAGACUCCGGCAGCUCUUCUCGAAAAUUCAACACGAAGAGUUCUUUCGUUCUGUCUGCUGGGAAGGGGCCCUUGGACAUAGCACGCUGUACAGAAUUGGCAAGAAUUUCAUCGAGGGCGACCUGAACUGGUUGAUAGAGACGACGAGUGGGAUGCGCAACUUCAUCGACCCGGAUGAGCUGCUGAUGAACACAGCGCAGGGUAUUUACAUCCAGGACGCGGCCUCAGCUGAGCGCAAAGCCCUGGUCAUCCUCUCCUUGUGGGCAGUGUUCUCCAACCGACGCAAGACGGCCGAAGUCCUGUGGAAGAACUGCGACCAGCCCAUCCACCUGGCCCUGCUCGUGUCCAUGACGUACGAGAAGAUGACCAUGUACGUCAACGAGGGCACCAUCAAGCACGAGCUCCUCGACACCAGCAAGUAUUUCGCCGGGUUGGCUACCGGCGUGCUCGACUUGUGCUACCUGGACUCGACGUGCCGUGCGUACGACAUCCUGAGCGUGCAGAGUAUGGAUUGGAAGUACAAGACAGCCGUCGACAUCGCAGCCGAGGCCAAGAACCGCAAGUUCCUGGCGCACCCGUGCUGCCAGAAGUGGCUGACCAACCAGUUCCUGGGUCGAAUCAGCGUCCGCGACAUCACUUGGGGAUUCUUCAGCAUUCCUCUAUGGCUGAAGGUAAUUCUGUGCGCAUUCACGAUCUUGCCAAUGUACAUCUGGGUGCGCAUCAAGAGUGACCCGCACCAGAUGGAAUACGGCGAGGAUGACGAGUUCGAUAAAGACUUCAGCUCCAAGAAUAUUACGGAGGUUGUGAAGUUCGACCGGUGCGACACGGGCGGGACCGUGGGUCAGGAGGGAAUUCUCAUACGUCAGAAUCCUCCAAUCUACCGAAUGGUCUACGUCAUGUGGAAUGCCCCCAUCACGAAAUUUUGGGUUUAUCAGAUAUUUUAUAUUCUCUUUCUUGGGACAUUGAGCAUCGCCGUGCUGUGGCCUUCUUGCGGUGACCCCACGCUGGACACCAUCUGCGUGGUGUGGACGUUCCUUAUCGCCGUGGAGACGAUUGAUCGAACGUAUCGCCUGCAUCUCACGAACGCCAACGUUCCCUUGCUGUCGAAGUGCAUCGAGGUUUUCCUCAUUAUGUUUUUCUGCGUCACGUACCUGUGCUCGAGGCUGCUGAGGAUCGGGCUCUUCGAGGACCCCUACAAUGGGAAAGUGCUCACCUGCGUGGGACUGCUGUACUUCUAUUACCGGCAGACGCUCAUAUACCUGCCCAUAUCACCGCAGCUUGGUCCGCUCCUCCACAUCGUGAAACUCAUGGUCUGUCGAGAUUUCGCAAACUUCAUGCGCAUGGCGCUGCUGGUGAUCAUAUGCGGAGGCAUCGUGGUGCACGUCGUGCUGUAUCCCGACUACCCGAUCACGGUCGAGCUCUUCCGCAGAAUAUUCCACAUGGCCUGGUUCUCCCUCUGGCUGACGCCCAUCGACGACCUCGAAGGAGAAACCAGGUGCGCCCAAAUACCUCCGCCAGAUCGCGACAAGGGAUGUUUCGUCAGCAACUAUUCGGACGAGAGUUGCCCAAAUGCGGGUCUGUGGCCCUACGUGUUCGCGGUGAUCUACUUUGCGCACCUGAAGCUGAUCCUUCUCACGGUCCUGGUGGCGCUUUUCUAUAACACGGUCGCCGAAGUGACACCACAAGCGGACGCCGUCUGGAAGUUCCAACGGUACGAGCUUGUCAUGGAUUUCGCCAUGCGGCGCUGCUUACCACCUCCACUCAAUGCCAUUGCUUACGUCUGGUGCAUCUUGGCCGCCAUCUUCAAGGUGUGCAGGCGUGCAAUCAGGAGGAAGAAGCGACACUUGCCUCUGCACCCGUUGGCGAAAGACGUCAGCAAAGGUCAAAAGUUGUCUGAGCUGGACUACCACUACUGGAAACAAAAAGCUUUGGAGUACAGCAACAACCUUGCCUCUGCCAACCAGAACAGAGCCCAGAUGAUGUCCGACAACUUGACAUUGAUGUUGGAGGACGUGGACUACCAGCGCAGUACGCUGGAUCAACUCAAAGGACAAGUGGAGGAGGUCCAGCGCAAGAUGUCUCUGUCGCUCAUCUACCUGGAGACCCUCAAGCAGGCGUCGUCUUCAAAGGGAGAUCCCAUGUCCGUGGCUGCGACCAUCCAGCAGCAGACGACUCUGCACUACAUCUCUCGCCAGUCUCCCUAUCCGGGCACCAAGAUACAGCGGUUCCCGGUGCCUGACAAGUUCGUGCCCUGGGAGGUCAUGUGGCUGGACUACGAACCGAUCGCUUACACCAGGCCCCGGGCACAGUUCCCGGCGCCGCUUCAGGUCUACGUGGACGAGGACAUCGUCGUGAUCCCGAAAACCGAAAACGCUCAAAGCCUGCCGCCGCUGAAGUGGAACUGCUUGUCAACGUCCCCCGGUGGCAUCAACAUAGACCGACGCUCGUGGAUCGAAGACGCUGACAGUACGAACAUCAUCUACAUUCUCGAGAACGAAGGAGUUCCGAGGAAUCCGGCUGGAAGAACUGGUCUAAAAGGAAGGGGCGCGCUUCCGCGAUGGGGACCAAACCAUUAUGUCCUAUUCAUUAUCAGCAGGUACCAGAAGUCGCGCUCAGCCCUAUCAACAGGAAGAGGGCUGGAAAUAGCCCUCAUGAGGAUUUUCAGAACUGAUCAGUUUGUGCUGCCAGGUGACUUUGUUCCCGGUGAGCUGAAGUACGACGGAGUUAUGCGGGUGUGCUUCAAGAUUCCCGAGGGCACGCCAAUGUCGAGUGCAGAACACGUGAGAGCCUUCUUCUCGGGGUGCCUCCAAGAGCAACCCGACGCGUCUGAUCCCAGCCAGGCAGUGGACUGCUCGAUAGCUCGCCGGGGUUACAUGGACGAUCCGAUGAACACCGAUAACUGCUGGCGAGAAGUCGAGCUCUGGAAAGUUCACUAUGGUGGAAAGGAGACGCUGGGAGAGAAGUUUCAGCCCAAUGUGGUGUGGAGGCUCGUAACCGACGACCUGUUUCUCAAGUUGCCUUCCGGACACAGCAACCUCUUCAACGAAGUAUGGAACUUUCAAGGCACGCUGACGUUGUGACGUCGGUUAAGAAGUAAGGCAA